AUAGAUACAUAAACUACGGCGCACUCGAUUUCUCUUUGUUUACCCGCGAUGUACCUGGGUUUCUCCGCUUUCAUUUGAUACACACUCGCAAUAGUCAAAACCAUGAUCUCUAUUUUUUUUUAACAUAAAUAAUUAAGUUUUUAUCCAGACUUGUAUUCUAGUUCAGUAUUUCUGUCCUUUUUCUCUAUGCUGCGUUCCAUCGUAUCUCAUACUCGUUCUUUUUCCCUCCAGAAUAAGCUCGGCACUAAGAAAGCUCAUUCUUUGUCCGCCGCCCAGUUUUCUACUAUGAAGGCGCAAACCGAUAAUUUUAAUUCGUGCCCUUAUGUCAAGGCGUCUUGUUCUAGGGGAGCUGGAAUCGUAAAGAUUGAGCGUCCUGAAGCCCUGAAUUCCUUGAACUUAGACAUGGUAAACGCUCUUUCAGAAAUCUAUAAAAACUGGGAAAAUAAACACUCCGUGAAAAUGAUCAUUGUGAAGUCAGAUGGAAGAGCCUUUUGCUCGGGUGGAGAUGUUGUUUCUAUAUAUAAAGCGUCUAAAAAUGGAACCGACCUUGGAAACGAGUUUUUUAGAAGAGAGUACGAAUUGAACUACUUCAUUCACACACUCCAACUUUUUCAUGUUGCAUUCAUAAAUGGAAUUGUCAUGGGCGGUGGUGCUGGAAUAUCGGUCAACGGCCAUUUCUCCAUUGCCACGGAAAAAACCGUUUUCGCCAUGCCAGAAGUAAAUAUCGGGUUCAUCCCCGACGUAGGCGGGAGCUAUUUUCUCUCUCGUCUGAAGAAUUAUGUAGGAACCUAUUUGGCUUUAACUGGUAAAACUCUGUCGGCAUAUGAUGUCAAAAAAGCGGGCAUCGCAACGCACUAUGUACAGAGCAAAAAUCUAGAUAAAAUACAGCUAACACUAGAAACGGUCGUGAGUAGGUGCUACAAUGACUACGACCAUUCUAUCUGCCUGUUCGAGGAUUCCAAGCCCGUGGUUCCAGAAAAUACGCGUUGUAUACUCGACGAACAUGGAGAAAUGAUUCGGUCAGUUUUUUCGAAAAAUACUGUCACAGAAAUAGUAAGCGCCUUAGAAAAAGAGACAUCUGCAUUCGCUAAAGAGACACUCAAAAGUAUUCGCGCAGCGUGUCCCAUCUCCGUUCAUUUAUCACUGGAAAUGCAAAGAAGAGGCGCCGAAAAAUCGCUGGCGGAGUGUCUUCAAAUGGAAUACACAGUCGCUCUCAAUAUUUUGAAGAAAAGCAAUUUUUACGAGGGUGUCCGAGCUGUCUUGGUGGACAAAACUCGAGACGCCAGGUGGAGUCCUGCAAGACUCGAAGAUGUAACUCCGGCCAUGAUAGAAGAGUAUUUCAAGCCCACUCCUGGUAUUCCACCUUUAAAUUUGAAUCUACAACGAACGCCUCGAUAUUGAGGUAUUUCUUACUGCUUCUAAAUAUAAAUUAGUUGGGCUACUUGGUAUUUACAAAAAAGUUACUGAACUGAAAA